AUGAAUUCUGACUCAAAUGUUGAUCAACUGAAUCCCAUUCAACAUCAACAUUAUGGGCGUUAUGAACUCGAAGAGCAACAAAAUUUGGCAUUUUCUAAAGAUCCAAUACAAGAUCAAAAUAAAUCUACUCCUUUUCAACAAAACAAUAUUCAUCUUAAAACUCAAUAUAACUCUGCUCCAAUUAGUCGAAGCCCACAUACUCAACAUGGUUACUACCAACCACCACCUCAACAAAACUAUCACAAUCAAGGCCCACCACUGCAGCAAGGUUAUAUUAAUCAAGGACCAUCAACUCAACAUUGUUACCUCAAUCAAGGACCAUCACCUCAACAUGGUUACCUAAACCAAGGACCAUCACCUCAACAGAAUUAUUUCAAUCAAGGUCAAUAUGGUUAUUUCAACCAAGGACCAUCACCUCAACAGGAUUAUCUCAAUCAAGGACAAUUACCUCAACAUGGCUAUCUCAAUCAAGGGCCACCACUACCUCAACAAGGUUAUUAUAUGGGUCAACCUGGACAACAACC